CUGCUCCAUUUGCAGCUAGCUUAGCUUUGGUUUCCUCUGCUUCUCAUUCUCCCGUGCACUUCCAGUUCCUGCCCAGCUUGCAGGGCUGCUCCAAUGGCCACCUUGUCCGCCAUCUCUGCCAACGUCGGCUACUGCAAGGCACCAACCCUGAGCUGGAAGGGAAGCGGAGUACCAGGCCGGAUUGUGGUCUCCAUGUCCACCACCCGAAGAGGCCUCGUCUCCCUAAGACGACGAUCCCCUCGGUUUCGCGUCUACGCGGCGAAGGCGGAGACGGUGAGCAAGGUGAUGGACAUCGUGAAGCAGCAGCUGGCGCUGGCGGCGGACGUGGGGCUGACGGCGGAGACCAAGUUCACGGACCUCGGCGCCGACUCGCUGGACACGGUGGAGAUCGUCAUGACGCUGGAGGAGGAGUUCAAGAUCACCGUCGAGGAGGACAAUGCCCAGAGCAUCGCCACCAUCCAGGACGCCGCCGACCUCAUCGACAAGCUCGUCGACCAGAAGCCACGAGACAGCGACUGAUUGUCGACGCGACGACACCCAAAUCCAAUCCAUCGAUCACCGCUCGUACGUGCAUGUGAAUGCUCCGUUAUUGUACUGUAAUUGAGUUUUUUUUAUCUCUAGCUAGAGAUAUUUAUGAACACAGAUGGAAGAGAAGAGUUGAUGA